CAAAAGGCAUUAACUGGAUCAAGUGUCCAUUGCCAAAAGAGAUGCCUUUUGAUAUUUUCACUUCAGGAAUUUGCAUUAGGGUAUUCAAUCUUCGUCAGGCCCAAGUUUAGCUGUUUGAUCUUGUUAUUGUUGUGUGUCGUAUGUGUGUCAAUUUGUCUAGCAAGAAAACUGCGUGCGAGGCUUUAAAAGGUCCGAUUUCGGGCGCUACGCGUGUUUAGUUGUAGUUUGGCAGUUGCUGCGGAAGCGCUUUACCAUUAAAGUGGUCCAGGCACCCAAACGACCAAUCAAUCAGUCAGUCAGUCAGUCGGUCAGUCAGUCCGUCAGUCGGUCCAUCUGUAAGAAUCGAUAGUCUAGAGUUAAACAAAUGGCUGAGCGGUGCAGCAAAUCGAACGCCAUUGUCCUGAGCCUGAGCCUGAUCCUGCUGCUGUCGCUGUCAGCGACGCAGUCCAAGCUGCUGACACGCUGCCAGCUGGCCAAGGAGCUGCUGCGUCACGACUUUCCGCGCAGCUAUCUGUCCAAUUGGGUCUGCCUGGUCGAGUCGGAGAGCGGACGCAGCACCUCGAAGUCCAUGCAGCUGCCCAAUCAGAGCGUCAGCUACGGACUCUUUCAGAUUAACAGCAAGAACUGGUGUCGCAAGGGCCGUCGCGGUGGCAUCUGCAACAUCAAAUGCGAAGAGUUCCUGAACGAUGAAAUCUCCGAUGAUUCGCGCUGUGCCAUGCAGAUCUUCAAUCGUCACGGCUUCCAGGCCUGGCCCGGCUGGAUGAGCAAAUGUCGCGGCCGUACGCUGCCCGAUGUCUCCCGCUGCUAAGAUCGCCCCUCUACCCCGCCCACCCUCCACCCAUCGAAAUGGCGCCUCUGGCAUUUUGGAGGAGCCGAGUUCAGCUUCUUAGUUCUAAACAUAUAUGCUAGCUGUUAGGUUUAAGUUUCGCUCGAUUCAUUGGUUCAUUCAAUUAUAUAAUAGACAUAUUGGGUUCAUAUUGCUUCAA